UUAUUGAUACAAUAUAGCUAUUAAAACCUCAAAACAAAAUUUGCUGACUGGAUAUUUGACUAGCAUCAAUGGUGUGCUUUGCAUUUUUUCGAAGAUGGUGAAACGGGUUAGCGAGACAAUGGAAAAGGAAGAGCAACAACCAUUUAUUGAAGAAUGUCUCCCAAAAAUAAAGCUAGAGUUUUCAUAUUUGUGGAUGAAUUAUCAAGCUCGAAAAAGAAAAUAUUUCAAAAAAAAUCAAACAAAAAUGCCAAUAGAAAUGACAAAGAAAACAAAAAAAGAAAUUGAAGAACAGCCAAAAGAAGAAAAACUUAAAUGGGCACAAAACUUACUCAGAAAAUUAAAAAAAGACAUUAAGCCAGAAUCUAGGGAUGAGUUCGUUAAAGCUGUAAAAGGAAUUAAACACACAAAUUGUGUCUUAACAAAUCCUGAUCAAAAAGGUAAAAUGAGAAGAAUUGAUUGCUUACGACAAGCUGAUAAAGUUUGGAGGUUGGAUCUAGUUAUUAUGGUUUUAUUUCACGCUGCUCCACUAGAGAGUACAGAUGGUGAGCGUUUAGCAAGAAUGCCAGUUUGCAAGCAAAAAGCAUUAUGCAUAAAUCCUCAUCAUAUUGGUUUGCUUGCAAAAGGACUUGAUAUAUAUUUAUCAAAUUAUUUGUAUAAAAAAGACAUAGAAGGAUCUCCAAAUAUUAUAUUGACUGGUAUACUUAUUAAAGAUAAAACAACUCCUGUUGUACAAGAAAAAAGUCCUCCUUAUUCAGAGUUAGAGGUUUUUCAUAAAGAACUACCUCCUGUUAAGAUUCGAAUAAAUGAUAGAUGUCACCCGUUUUUACAACAUGCACCAAGCACUGAUCUUUUGGAUAUAAACAAUAAUAACAACAAUGACUCUGACCUUCAAGUUACCAAGGAUCAUAAAAACCAAGAAGAACAUUUAAACCAAAGUAUAAAAAUGUAUAAAAAUUCUAUGUACUCUAGUAUUUACAAUCGUACUAUUGCUCGUCCUUCUCAAAAGCAAAGGUCAUUUUCUAGUCCAUCACCUCGUGCAUAUUCAUUUGAUUCGUCAAAUGAGAUCGAUAUUGACUUGGAACAAUCAAUGAUUUAUAGCUAUCCUCAAAAUGGAUGUUCAACCAAUCAAUUCAAUCAUCAAAAUGACUUUGCAAUCAAUCGGGAAGCGACAAAUAGAAAUUACCAACAAUCUCAAGUUUCAUCAUUUCCACAAUCUCAUUACCAGCACCAACAAAUAAGCAACUAUACGUCAACAAUGUAUGUGCCACCUAUUGACUAUAACAGCUCCUGUGGUUCAGAAAUCUCGUCAGCCUCCAUGGCUAGUUAUAACUCAGAAAACAGUUUUCCUACUCAUAACUAUCAGCAGCCAUCACAUCAGCAACCUUCAGUUAACUUUUAUUACGAUGCAGUUACACCAUCACGUUUUUAUCAAAUGCCUCUUCAUAAUAUUCCCAUGGGAGAAGUUGCAAGUAAAACAAACUUUUAUACCACUUUAGGCGGGUAUCCUUCAAGUUAAUGAGAUUUUUGUCCUUCAAAUUUUUAGUUUGUAGAAAGCACAUUUGAAAUUGGUGACCAGUGACUAAAGAUUGGUGACUAGUGAUUUAAAUUUGGUAUCUUUUUAUUUAAUAGUCUAGAACCCGUUUAGAUUU